AUUACCCUCCUGCAUUAGUAUUUUCUUCAGAUUUUGUUCUUAGGUAUCCAGACGCUAAAGAAUCAAGAAUGACGAGCCAAAAUGUGGUGGUUUCCAAUGAGAAAUCGAGAAUAUCCACCUCUCUCUAUAUACCUCUGUUUCCUCUCCGUGUUUUUUUUGUUUUUUGAUAGGUCUGUUCCCUUUCUGUUAAUACAUUAAGCUCCUGUGGACUCAAUAUCCGAGCUGAAAUGCAUGAAGAAAACCCCAACACUUACGAAUAUAUACUCGAUCUCCGUGUCCCUUCUGAUACCCCAGUCACGGGCGUGAAAAUUACUCCUUAUGUUGUUGCGAGAGUCAGAGCCCGGAACUUCCUUCAAUCCAAUCCCUGGCUUAAACUCACUCCUCUUACUGUUGUGAAAAUCAGAGACCAGUUCGUCUUUAAUGCCAAUCCUCAGCCACCCAUCAGUUUCUUCUGGUUCCGCAAAAAGCUUAUUGCUUGUUCGGUUCAUCCUUCGAUCCCGGCUACAGUUCAAUGCAUCCCUUGUGUUGAAUUGAACAUGAAGGAGAAGAGCUAUCAUUGUUCUGCAAAGUGCUUCUCAAGUGAAUGGGGAAGGCAUAAGAUUUGUCAUAGCAACGCUGCCGCUGAAAGUAAGACCACACCUGGGAAUCAACAAGAAUUAAGCCACCAAAUAAGGAGAUCUGACUCAUGGCCACAAUCACUUGAUGAGAUUCCAGAACAAGAAGGAGAAGAAUGGGUUCCAGUGGCCUCUUCAGAAACAUAUGAGCCUUCAAAUGCUGAUAUCAACUGCUUGCUGAAGCUGGUGUGUGUAGCUAUUGAUUCUGAAAACGGCAAUCAUCUGUCUUUGGUUCAAAGAAGAGUGAUCACUAAUCCUGUGAUUGCUUUCCCUGCUUGUUCCACACGCAGGAUGAUUGAUAUUGGAAGUAAUGAUGAUGGUCCAGCAUUUAGUGUGUUAUCCUACAAUAUACUGGCUGAUAUACAUGCCAAGAACCAUCUUUGCUGUCCAACAUGGGCUCUUGAGUGGGAAUACCGUCAGCAAAAAUUGUUGAAAGAGAUCAAUGAAUAUGGUGCAGAUAUUAUAUGUUUACAGGAGGUCCAAGAGAACCAUUAUAAAGAUUUCUUUGAACCUAAGUUGAGAAACCAUGGCUAUUCAGCUUUGUACAAGAGAAAAACAAAUACCAAUGAGUUAUAUUCAGCUGAGGGAUAUAUAUAUGAAGGAUGUGCAAUUUUUUACCGUGGUGAUAAGUUCGAAUUAACCAUGAAAGAAGAGGUUGAGUUUGACAAGAACGCACCGAUUGAAGCAUUGGAACGACCUGAACAAGGACAAGAUGGUGGCAUUCCCCUACUAAAGCAUAAUGUUGCUCUUGUUGUGGUAUUACGACUGAAAAAUGGCAGCACUGGUUGUAACCUUCAAUCAAGGAUUUGUUUGGCAAAUACCCAUCUAUGCGCCGGAAAGAACCACACUGAUGUAAGAGUAUUUCAGGUUACCACCCUUAUCCAUAAACUGCAAGAAAUUGCCCAAUCACAGAAUAUUCCUAUACUGAUCUGCGGGGAUUUGAACUCAACUCCUGGGAGGUUAAUCUUUUUCUCUUACUAAUUAGUGGUUCACAUUAAAAAAUCUAAAAAAAAUGUUGUGCAAUU